AUGAACUUGAACGAAGACACGAACCGAAACUUGGAUAAAAACUUGAACGCAAAGGAAAAGGAAAACUUGAACGAAGACUGCACACUAAGCCAGCCAAAAGUUGUUCAUGUAGAAGUGAUAUUAAUUGAAAAUAGUACGAGAGUGAAUGAAAUAAAAACGUCCAGUGAACUAAAAGAUUUGAAACGGCAGGAGCGACAGUUACAAAGCACAUUCAACGGCGCAAAGCAGUUUUUGCUAAAAUUCAAACCGGAAAGGCAUGCCGGUCACGUUGAUAGUCGAUUAGAGCUGCUGGAAGCCGCGAUGAAGAAAUUUUACUCGGUGCGGAGAAAAAUCGAGUUGUUAGCUGACGAAGACGAUGAUAAGGAAGCAUUCGAUACCAAAGAAACACCAGGAGAUCGUGCUGCUCGUGUUGAAGCUCUUGCUGAAAGGCGCGAGGCCGACAAUUUUCAGAUCCUUCAGAGCGCUGAAGACCUUUACUGUGAGCUGAAGUCAUCGCUGCAGUCCCUGAGACCAGGAACAUCAAUACCGGUCCCAGCUGACGUUUUGCCAGCUCCAGCACAGGCUCCUUCUUGUUCGUUGUCGCGAGUAAAGUUGCCCGAAAUUCGCUUACCUAGUUUCGGAGGCAAAACUAGCGACUGGGUCACCUUCCGUGACAUGUUUCUGAGCCUUAUUCAUCGCAACGAUCAAUUGAGUGCAAUCGAUAAAUUUUCGUACCUGCGAUCGUCGCUGGUUGGUGAAGCAUUGCAAGAGAUUGGCACGAUAGAUAUAUCUGUAGCCAACUACUCGAUCGCAUGGGAUUUGCUCAAGAAGCGUUAUGAAAACCGUAAGUUGAUAGUUAAAGCCCAUCUCGAUGCCUUGUUUGCCAUUGAACCAAUAAAGCGUGAGCAUUACGAUGCAUUGAGUCAACUUAUUAGUGAAUUUGAUCGUAACCUUCAGAUGUUGGAGAAAGUUGGAGAAGAUCCGUCCCAGUGGAGCACAAUUUUAGUUCACAUGAUGUGCUCCAGAUUAGAUCAAUCAACCUUGCGCCAUUGGGAGGCACAUUAUAGUUCGAAGGAAGUCCCCACAUACGAUGCUUUGAUGACGUUUCUUCGGAAUCAGUGUUCCGUUCUUCAAUCUAUAGCACCAGCAAAGCCUGUGCAUUGUGAGAUGAAGAAGCCCAAGUUUACUGUCACUCACACAUCCGUGCAAUCUUCUAAUCGGUGCCCAUUCUGCGGCGAAGGUCAACAUUCAGCAUUCAAGUAUCAGAAGUUCAUCAAAAUGAAGGUGUCUGAGCGGUAUGAUAUGGUGAAACGCUCUCGGUUGUGUUUGAACUGCCUGUCUCCUGCGCAUCUAGUUCGAUCCUGUACGAAGGGGUGUUGUCAGCAUUGUCAUCAGAAACAUCAUACUCUUCUACAUUCUGGAGUAACCAACGGCGGAAGAUCAUCAGCGUCAAUCCCGCAGAAUGACUCCUCCGUCCCACGAGUACAGAAUCGACCACAGACAACGAACACUCAACAAACACAGCCACAAGCCCAGAACCAAGCCACACUCACUCAGUACACUGGACCAUCCACAAGCUCAUUUCCUAUUGCAAAUACAAAUUCGCAUUCGCAAUCACACCCACCACCCACCACAGAUCGUACUCCCAUUACAAACUCUUUACCCGCCAACAUCUACACACCAAAACGUCAAGUUUUAUUAUCCACCGCGUUAGUGCGCGUGUCGGACAUUUAUGGAAAUGCUCAAUUAGCUAGAGCGCUCUUGGACUCUUGCUCAGAGUACUGUUUCAUCACCACGACUCUUUUUCAAAAGUUAAAGUUGGCUGAGACUGCCAGCUAUUUGUCCGUAGCAGGGAUCGGUGGUUCUGUAGUCAAAUCUACAAAGAGCGUAGAGGCUACAGUAUCGCCUCGGUCAUUGCACAUUUCUUCCUAUUCCGAGAAGGUGCAGCUGCACGUCUUGCCGAAGCUCACCUCCAAACUGCCUAUGCAGGCGGUCAAUAUUAGGACUCUCGCCAUUCCGGAAGGUGUUACGUUGGCAGAUCCAAAUUUCUGCGACCCCGGACCAAUUGACCUCAUCAUUGGUGCUGAGUACUACUACGAUCUGCUGCUGAAGGAAAAGAUGAAGUUAUCAGAAGACGGACCCACAUUGCAAAAAACUGUCUUCGGAUUUGUUGUGUCAGGACGCAUACCCGGUAGCAUUCUUGGAAUCCCCAAAACUCUUUCCCACACGUGUUCCUCUGUCGAUCUUCGUGAUCUCCUCGCGAAAUUUUGGGAACUAGAGUCCUGUAGCAGUAGAAGUACCUAUUCUGUGGAAGAGACGACGUGUGAAGAGAUUUUCGAACGAACGACCGUUCGCGAUGCAGAUGGAAGAUUCGUCGUCGCGCUUCCCAAGAAGGAGUACAUCAUCGAGCAACUGGGAGAUUCAAAGGCCAUAGCAUUGAAACGAUUCCACGGAUUGGAAAGGCGAUUGGAAGCAAACGACACGUUGAAAAGAUUGUAUGGCGAGUUCAUUCAGGAAUACCUGUCCAUGGGUCAUAUGCGAGAAAUUGACCAAGAAUAUUGCGGUGCACAGUCCUAUUACAUGCCUCACCAUGCGGUAUUGAAGCCCGAUAGCACAACCACAAAGCUAAGGGUGGUAUUCGACGGCUCUUGCCGUUCGUCGACGGGAGUAUCCUUGAAUGAUGGACUGAUGGUAGGACCCGUCGUGCAAGAGGACUUGCUGUACAUCAUAUUGCGUUUUCGUUUUUGGAGAUUUGUAUUAGUAGCGGACAUAGCUAAAAUGUACCGUAUGGUAAGAGUAGCAGAUGCAGAUCAACCACUUCAGCGCAUCUUGUGGAGAAAUUCACCGAACGAGUCAGUGAGAAUUUUCCAAUUGACCACAGUCACAUAUGGUACCGCUUCCGCGCCCUAUCUCGCAACCAAGUGCCUUCAACGUCUUGCAAGUGAUGGUGCAACCUCGCAUAAAGCAGCAGCGAAGGUCAUUGAGAAGGAUUUUUACGUCGACGACCUGUUGACGGGCACGGACAGCUUGGAAGAAGGAACCGUUCUCACAUCAGAACUCAUUGAUUUUACGAGUUCGCCAGGGUUUGAGUUGCGCAAGUGGAGUUCCAAUAGCUUUGAACUUCUUUCGUCUAUUCCACCUCUUCUCCGAGACGAUCGUACCAUACUGGAACUCGAUUCGUCCAGAUCCACAGUCAAAACGCUAGGGUUAAUAUGGGAGCCAGGCAAAGACUGUUUUAGAUUUGCUGUACCGCACUGGAGCACUGAGCCAAUCAUCACCAAACGUAUAGUACUGGCCGACACAGCUCGUAUCUUCGACCCUCUCGGUCUCAUCGGUCCAGUCAUCGUACAGGUAAAAAUUUUCCUCCAGGAGCUUUGGAAGCUUAAAUCGGAUUGGGACGAUCCGUUGCCAAAAGAGCUUCAGAAUUUCUGGAUUGAGUAUCGAUUGAAUCUAUCCGCUCUCGACACACUCUCAGUUCCAAGAUGGACGGGCUUCAGAAGUAACCUAGCUUCAACGGAAAUCCACGGAUUUUGUGACGCUUCAGAGGUAGCAUACGGCGCAUGUUUGUACCUUAGGUGUAAGUCAGUCGACGGGUCAGUCACUGUUCGGUUGAUUACAUCCAAAUCUCGAGUUGCGCCACAAGAAGAUCUCACUCGGAAGAAAAAGAAACAAUCCAUCCCCAGAUUGGAGCUUUCCUCAGCAUUACUGCUUAGUCAUCUCUAUGAAAAGCUAUGCAGUAGUUUCGUACCACCCGGCAAGGUAUAUUUUUGGACAGAUUCCAUGAUAGUGAAGUACUGGCUAUCAUCGUUACCUUCCCGGUGGCAAGCAUUCGUUGCCAAUCGUGUAUCAGAGAUACAGCAUAUCACUAAGAAGGGAGUGUGGAACCACAUCGCCGGUGCAGACAAUCCGGCAGAUAUCAUUUCGCGGGGAAUGACACCCACACAACUACAGUAUCAACCUCUGUGGUUUGAAGGCCCUCUGUGGGUAUGUCGAGCACAUUCUACAUGGCCAGAGUCAGCAGUCAUCCAGUCAGAGCUGGAUAGUUCUCUUUUAGAAGAAAAACCAUCUGCGUCACUUCCGGUUCAAACAAAGCCUCAAAGUGACAUAUUUUUGCUGAGAUCCUCGUUCCCGGAUCUCGUUUGGAUAGUAGCAUGGAUUCGUCGCUUCGCUUACAAUGCAUUGCCUCGCAACCGCAGUAGCAGGCGUCUAAAACACUUGUCAUCGACGGAAUAUAAUGAUGCUGUAACGAUUUUGGUUCGAUUUGCUCAACACGAGAGCUUUCCUGAAGAAAUAGCAGCUUUAUCGAAAGGUGAACCAAUAAAGUCAUCAUCUAAAUUGCUCUCGUCAAAUCCUCGUUUAGUUGAUGGUAUUCUCCGCGUCGGCGGUCGAUUAGCUCAUGCACCAGUGUCAGAAUAUCGUAAGCAUCCAAUGAUUCUUCACCAUCAACACCCACUGGCAAAGCUGGUCAUGGAGCAUUAUCAUCGUAAACUGUUUCACGCCGGUCAGCAACUUCUCAUAGCUUCGGUCAGAGAAAGGUUCUGGCCAACUCGCAUUCGCGAUUUAGCACGUUGGACCAUCCAUCGAUGUGUUCAAUGUUUUCGCAACAAACCCAAAGUCCACGAGCAGCUAAUGGCUGAUUUACCAUCCGUUCGUGUCACUCCUGCAGCGGCAUUCCUGAAAGUUGGAAUCGAUUUUUGCGGACCGUUCUACAUUCGCUAUCCAGUUCGUCGGAGUACGCCGGUGAAGUCCUUCGUAUGCAUUUUCGUUUGCCUAGCAACCAAGGCAGUUCACAUGGAAGUCGUAGCAGAUCUGUCAACGCAAGCAUUUCUGGCGGCAUUCAAACGCUUCGUAGCAGUCCGUGGCAAACCGCAACUAGUCAUGUGUGACAAUGCGACCAAUUUCGUUGGGGCAAAUCGGGAGCUCGAGGAACUACGGCUGCAACUGUAUAACCAGCAGUUUCAGUACGAAAUGAUCAAGGCAUCGGAAGAAGAAGGAAUAGAUUUCAAAUUCAUCCCACCGCGCUCUCCGAAUUUCGGCAGAUUGUGGGAAGCGGCGGUUAAGUCCUUCAAAGGACAUUUUCGCAAGACCAUAGGAAGCAGACCGUUGACAUACGAUGAACUACACACCAUUGUUCAGCAAGUCGCAGCGAUUCUAAACUCUCGUCCAUUGACACCCUUGAGAAACGAUCCUAAUGAUUACACUGUACUGACCCCAGGACAUUUUCUGGUGGGACGACCACUCACGGCGAUUCCUGAACCAGAUUUGCAAGAGAUCCCCGAAAAUCGACUCUCUCAGUGGCAACGUACGCAAGGAUUCGUACAACAACUAUUGCGAAAAUGGAAGACGCAAUAUCUGUCAGAUUUGCAUAACAGGACAAAGUGGACUCGACAACGCAACAACAUCACAGUUGGAACGAUGGUCCUAGUAAAGGAGGAAAACUUGCCUCCUCAGAAGUGGCGGUUAGGCCGAGUAGCAGAACUGUUUACGGGCGAAGAUGGAAACAUUCGAGUUACGCAGCAUAGUAGCAAUCUCAAGCAGCAUGUGAAUAUCGUCAUCCCCAUCCGCCCGGCAUACCAGUCGGCGACAUCGGUGCCCAGAGCACCAGCGGAGGCCUGGAGACCUCCGUUCCUGGCAAGUCCUCAAAGACUCACCAUCAACGGCAUCCGUGGAAGAACAUCCGUCGAAGUAGAGGCACACCGAAGUGCAGUAUCAGCAACCCAAUCGUCCAACUUUCAUCAAGCAACGUUCAUCCGUCAAUCCGAAAGUAGCAGUAUACCCGACGGAAAUCCGAAACGAUCGUGCAAGGCCGCAGCGAAGGCAAUCUCCAUUUGCUUGAAGAAGCGUUCCAGUUCCAGUUUGUCGCAGUAA